AUGUUGAUAACAAAGUAUACGGCGAUACUUUUGGAAAGUGCUAGAAAUGCGGAAUCGAGGAAUGCCGCAAGACCUACAAGAGGCAUCGUUGAUGCAGAUUGGUCUUCUUCCUUAGAAAGUGCACCAAGACGUCGUCGACAGUGGAGGAGGCGGCACGUAGUUCACAGAGAACGUCUCGUGUAUCAAAACCGCCGGUUGCAGUUAAGGAAAUUAAGCGUAUUAAAUAAG